AUGGAGUCGAUAUCUAAGAUCUCCAGCCUGCUGGAAAGCGCUCGAGAGCUCACCCUCGAUGCCGCUCAAUCUGCCCGGAGCUCGCGCAGCUCCACGAAGACGUUGCCAGCAGUGCAGAUAAAGAAGUUGCUUGAUAGUCGAAAUGAUCGAGAGAUACUAGAAGGACUGAGGAGGGUCGUCUCUAUGAUGUACCGCUCCCAGCCAUGCCUUACAUUCUUUUCUUCUGUCGUCAAGAAUGUCGCAUCCCCGAACAUCGAGAUCAAAAAGCUAGUCUACAUCUACCUCCUCAACCACGCCGAGCAAGAGCCAGACCUGGCCCUCCUCUCCAUAAACACAAUCCAGAAGUCGCUUUCAGAUGGCAACCCACAAGUACGAGCCCUGGCGCUCAAGACCAUGUCAGGAAUUCGGGUCCCCGUCAUCAGCCAGAUUGUCUCUCUCGCAAUCAAGAAAGGACUGGGGGAUAUGAGCCCUUAUGUAAGGAAGGCCGCUGCCCUGGCAAUACCGAAAUGUUACAGGCUGGAUCCGAAUACACUGCCGCAAUUACUGGAAUAUUUGUCGACGUUGCUUGGGGAUAAGCAAUACUAUGUGGCUGGGGCUGCGGUGACGGCUUUCAUGGAGAUUUGUCCGGACCGGCUUGAUCUUAUAAACAAGCAUUAUCGAGGAUUGGUCAAGAAGUUGGUGGACAUGGAUGAAUGGAGUCAACUUGCUACGUUGCGACUGAUGACUGUAUAUUCGAGGCAGUGCUUUCCGAAGAGAACAAGGAGAGUGAAGAAGAGCAAUAGUGCUCAAGGCUUUUAUGGGGACGAUAGCGAGGGCGCGGAGGAAGAAGGUACUGGAGAAGUGAUCCAGAUCCUUGACCCCGACCUUGAGCUUCUCCUGAAAAGUAUUAAACCACUUCUACAGAGCCGGAAUUCAGCAGUCGUUGUAGCAGUUGCUCGAUGCUACGUCAACCUUGGGACACAGGAGUAUAUCAGCAGCUGCAUCGGACCAUUGAUUGCAUUACUACGAGGACCACAGGACAUUCAACACAUCGCAUUAUACAACGUUGUAUCAGUGUGUCUCACCAAGCCAGAAGUAUUCGUCAAAUACGCAUCUCAUUUCCUAGUGCAUUCUACGGAUCCACCACAAGUCUGGGAGCUGAAACUUGAACUUCUCACCCUGAUAUUCCCUCACUCCGAUCCUUACCUCAAGAGCUUGAUUCUCAAUGAGCUCGAACACUUCUCCCAAGGUUCAGACAAAGAACUUGUACGGGAAUCAGUACGGGCCAUUGGGAGAUGUGCCCAAAGUGACGCAAGAACAUCGGCACGAUGCUUGCGUCUCCUUUUGAAACAAAUUACCAGUCUUGAUGGAAACCUGGUUGCAGAGUCCUUAACUGUCAUUAGGCAUUUGAUACAGCAAGAUCCGGGAUCACACCAGAGCACUGUCAUCCGAUUAGCAAAGAAUCUCGACACCGCAACGAAUCCUCGAGCGCGGGCAUCGAUUAUUUGGCUUGUAGGAGAAUUUUCAGGCAUCGAUGGCGAGAACAACAUUGCCGCAGAUGUACUCCGAAUCCUGGCCAAAGGGUUUGCAGAUGAAGCUGAGCCGGCAAAACUGCAAAUUGUUCUGCUAGCAGCAAAAGUGUACCUUCAUCAUCUCAACCGUUCAGGACCAGAACCCGUGAAACCUACCAUGGCACCUGCGCCAGCACACGACUACUCAUCAGUAGGCAAUGAAGGAUUCGCAGAUCUCGAAGAGCAGUCUCAAUCCGGGUUUCAGAAGCCAGAACCCGAGCCAGAGCACCCCAUCGUGAUGCUCUGGAAUUACAUCCUCCUCUUAGCCCGCUACGAUACCUCGUACGAUCUUCGUGAUCGUACGAGGCUCUAUAAGGCGCUCCUCGCAGCGCCAUCUUCCACACAACUAGCAAGUCUUAUGCUGUUAGCGCCAAAGCCUGUUCCCCACACACCCAGCCCAUCAGAAAGUCGCACCGGUUUCACGCUUGGAUCAGCAAGUCUUGUUGUGGGCGAGGAUGGCGGUUUACACGGACUUAGAGGCUACGAAGCAUUGCCUGAAUGGGUGGAAGCGGGCAAGGAACCCGAUCCUUCGCUGAGAGAGACGGAAAUAUCGAAGACCGAGUACGAAUCGAAUCGAGUUGUGCCGGCCGGGGAACGCCUAGAUAGUGUAAUAAGAGAGACGAAGAUCGGGUCGCCAUCAAAGACAAAUGGUUUUGGCGCCGUCGGCGGAAAGGAGAAGACCCUUGACGAUUGGUUGGCGGAGGGCGAAGGCGGGGAUGAAGAGACCGAGGAUGAAGACAGCGACGAAGAAAGCGAGGAGGAAUCCAGCGAAGAAGCAUCGGAGGCCGAAGACGAGAGCAGUGACGACGGCAGGGAGCGUGAUAGACUCAUGAAGUGA